UGCGGAGAAUGCAUAAAGGUUAUCCACUGUCAUCUACCUUUCCACCGGAUAGAAAAAUGGAACGGACGAUAUUUCGAGAAGGUGAGUCUUCAGCAGCUUGGGUUCAUGUUUGCUCUUGGCCAUGGCGGAGACCGCUGUCCAAACCAGCUAGAGACAGCCUUUCGCAAAGUCAUCGUCGUCGAUGUCAAUGGCUAUCAUGAUGUCAACUUCCAGUUUUGUUUCUGUUGGGAUGGAGAACUCGAUGAGGCCAAACAGCUCUUUCUCCAUCGGCUAUUUCCUGCCACCGUCAAAUGCCCAGAAACAGUGUUCACUAGCGAGGUCCUGGACAACUUCGACAUCCAUCAUUGCACAUCAAUGAAGUCAGCUGAAUCUUUCUGUGCUGCUCUGCGAAAAAUGUCUGCCGCAGAGCUGCCAGAUGAUGUGUCGGAUUCAUACCGCACUUUUAUGCAAGCCUCGCACAUUCACCGACACUUGCAAGCUGUUCGGCGGAGCGGACAAGUGCAUAAUAUUGACAACUUCAUUACACACCGAUGGAAGAACUGCAUCACCGUACACUGCCCCGCAUGUCCAGAGCCUGAGUGGAACAUCAAUUUGGAGUACACGUUGUUUCUUGACUGUGAUGGUACCUUCAAUGUUCCACGAAUCAACAAGCCGGAUGACCCCAAUGAGGAGUCCUUGAAUGCUGGUCAUGCUUUUGUUGUUGAGGAGCAUGAAUACCAGCGAUAUCUUUCCCGUGUUGAAAAUGAUCCCCCAGAGAAAUGUGACUGUGCGAAGCUCCGGGCAUUGAAAUUUGACCACUUACUCAAGUUUGUGAACCUUGUGGUCACCGGGAUCGUCGGGUUCCAGUGCGUACGCCAUGUCAUGUUCAAGCCUGAUGCGACAGUAGAUAUGUAUGUGGGAGAGAGGUUGUACUAUGCAGAUCGCGGUCUUGUCAGUGCGUUGAAGGAUCAAACAAAACAACGGUGGAUUCGGCUUAGUUACGACCUGGUCUGCCAGUAUCUGCCAAAUCUCUUGACAAGAAUUACUAAGGAACGCUUUCCCAACCUAACCGAUGAAGAACUGGUCAAGAUUGCCAGGAUCGAGGGAAACAUUGGCCAGCUGCACAUCGUUGCCCAUAUCCUGCACUGCUUGGCGCUUUACUGCUUCAAUCAUACCCCGGGUGUUGCUCGCAGUUGCGGGGACGUCUUGGAGUCGGCUUGGGAUAGGACCAAGCAUGCUGGCAGAAGCUUGAAACAGAUGAAUCAUGGUCUCCGCCAUGAUAUGCUGGACUUCAUCCUCAAUGACUGGAACUGGAGUAAAGUUGUUCGUCUCGGUAAGUUGAUCUCCAGGAAUAUGAGU